AUGGCCUCGAUGCGGGUAUGGGUGGUGUCAGGAGUCCUUGUAAACAUGAUGGCUCAAGGCGCAGUGGUAAGCUACGUGUUCAGCCUGAUGCCGGCGUUACAAGGACCUGAUUCUCCUGUGGAGGUUGAUCUACACACUGCUUCGUGGAUUGCGUCCUGUGUUGGCCUGGCCGCAAUACCAGGAUUUUUUCUGGCAUCCGCCUUUAUGGAUCGUUGGGGGCGAAAAAUCACACAUAUGUUGUUAAUCCUGCCCGGAAUUAUCGGUUGGACAUUAAUCUACUACGCAGCAUCAGUAGCGGCAUUUUUAAUUGGACGGAUUCUAUGUGGUAUCACAGUGGGAGCUACAGUUAUUCUUGGACCCAUUGUCAUUGGUGAAUGUUCUAGUCCGAACCUUAGAGGAAUGUUCCUGAACCUUAAGACAGUUUCGGUAUGUCUGGGCAGUACGAUUGUCCAUAUACUUAGUAAUUAUGUUUCGUGGAGAAUGAUAGCUUUGUUAGCUGUCAUACCUUAUAUUUAUGCGUUGUUAAAUGUCAUGACCUGGUAUGAAACACCUGCUUUCCUGGCUUAUAAGAAGGAGUUUGGAAAAGCUGAGAAAUCGUUCUUCUGGCUUAGAGGACAUGACGACAAAUCAAAGAAGGAACUAAAUGAAUUAAUAAGAUCACAAAUGAAUAAGGUCGACAAUCAGAAAGUCACAACUUUUAUGGAAGACAUUGUAGAUUUCUUUAAGAAAUUUACAAGAAGAGACUUUUUAUUUCCGAUUCUUAUAUUAAUUUCCGGUACCUUACUUUUUGAAGUAUCUGGAAGACAUUUUUUUCCUGCUUACGCGGUAGAUAUCACAGGAGAGGUAACAGGUAAUAAUUCCCAUUCUUUUUACUACAUAUUAGCUAUGGACCUGAUUAUCACCUUAAGCGCUACAUUUUCUUCGUUAUUAGUAAAAAUCAUGAAAAGACGGACAUUACUCUUUACCACGGGGUGGGCAGCAGUUAUAACAAUUGCUAUUACUUGUACUUACCUGUUUCUUGCGUCUAAGGAUGUGAUAUCGAGAGACAGACAUUGGAUUCCCAUUUCAUUGUUCGUGGUGUACUUUGUGUUAGUGAACUUGGGAUGUACACCAAUUCCUUUGGCAUUUUUUGGAGAAAUUUUACCUUUAGCUCACAGAGCAGUAGGAUCUGCGCUUCUUGGGGUCAUUGUAUCGUGCGCUUUGUACUUGGUUCUACACGUGACUCCCUUUCUACUGGUUAAUGUUAAGGUAUUUGGAACUUUUGCAGUGUUUGGAGGUAGUAUGGCGGUGUUACUCUCGAUAUUGUACUUUGUAGUGCCAGAGACCAAAGAUAGAACGUUGCAGGAAAUUGAGGAGUAUUUUAAUUAUGGAAGGUUCAAAGAUGAUGAACAGUUUGAAAAAGGAGAUGAGGCAUCUAAAGUUGUCAUGCUUCCUGAGACUGAAGUGAAGUUAUGA